AUGUUCGCCAAAUCAACCGCUAUCGCGGCCUUGCUGGCCGUUGCUCAAGCACGAUUCGGCCAGGAGCAAAUCCCAAUCCCAGCCAUUGCUGCUGUCCAAGGCGGUGCUCCAGGCGCGGCUGCAACCAUUGCCGGGGCAGCUGUGAGUGAUGUACUGGCCGGCAGCAACGCCUGCAACAAGCUAAAGCGCGGUGAUCAAAUCAUUGCUGAACUCGGCACGGGAGCCGAUGCCAUUGCCGCCGCCAUUGGCAUAGUUGCUGCCGAGAAGAACUUCAACCCAUUCGCUCAGUCGAUCCCCACAAUCUGCAGUGACCCUAGCCUGCCGGCCACAGAUAUCCUCAGAGGUAUCACACCUCUGAUCGACCCUGCAGUCGUCGGUUCGGAUAUCGCGAACGCCUUGUCUGCUAGCACCCAAGCAAAUCCCCUCGAUGCCACGGGCAAGAGCGUGGCGGAUUUGUUGGCAGAGAACGGAUUCACCAAUUUCACUGCUCAAGCUGCCGAUGGAACAACAAGUGCUGUUGAUGCCGGGGGAGCAGCGGGUGGAGUGGCCAACGAAGCAGCUGACGGCGGUGCCGUUGCAACAGCCGUCGAAGCAAGCGCCACGGCCGCUGUCACAACAGCCGUUGCUGCUGCUUGUGGAGUGGUGGAAACUACUGCUGCGGCUGCAGUUGCUGAUACUGCCAGCAGCGCAGCUCCCGCCGCCUCCACUGCAACUGCCGUUGCAGCUGCUGAGAACCCAGCAGCUGCAGCUGGCGGUGCCGCCGAGACUUCCGACGUGGCUGGCGCCGACUUCGGACUCUGUGUACCCACGAUGAAGUUUGAGGGAGGCCUGGGUGGACGUCCUGCCACAGAAUUCACCUUCCUGCCAAUUGACCCUCUGGUUGCCCAGGGCCAACAAGAGGCCUUGAAUCCAAAUAUCAUCACCAACAGAAUCUGCGACCAAUUGACCAACGUCUGCGAAGCCAACGAUGCCGCGAAGACUUUGUGCAAGUCUGUGCAGGCUCAGAUCCUGGCCUUGGGAACUCGAGACAAGACCACUGCUGAUACCUGGAACACGGCCCUUGGCUUUCCUGGCACGGUCACCAACCCAGAUGGCGGCCCAGCGGAGCCACCCGCGAAGAUGAGAAUGGUUCGAUCCUACAAGCCAUCCUAG